UUUUGUUUUGGUUUGUUUUGUUUUGUUUUGUUUUUUUCAUUUAGAAUUUUCUUUUCAGGAAAAUCUCAUUUAUCUGAUGAACAAAUAAAACAUGGAGGGAAAGACAGCACAACCUCCUUUUGUUCUACUCUCUGAUUAAGAACAUAGUUUGGUUGAAAAAUGUUAUAUCUUAAAAUGAAAGUUCAAGGUAAUUUUACUUUUAAAGACAUAUAAAGUACUUGGAGUUUUCCUGGCUUUAAUACACUUUUAUAAAGAGUUCCUACCCACCAGAUCUUGGAAGAUGGAAGGAAUGGGAGCUUGCCUCCCUGUGGCUAUUGGCUGUGGUUGGAUGCUACCAGAUGUGUUAUCUAGGAGAGCUGUGAGGGGCUGACACGGAGACAUGUUCAUAUUCUAUAAUUUAACGUCUCCUAAAGGUGUGAUUAAUGGAAACUCAUUAUUCUGAGACCUAAUUAAACUUCUGUAUGCAGGCAGUGAGUUUAAACAGAGCCCUUAUCUCCAAUAGUCAAGAAAAAAUCUUUAAUCGAGAGAUUAAAGAGCUGUUUGUAAAUAUAACAGAGGUUCUAAAUGCAAAAAGUCAUUUUUUUGCAGCACAUUUUAAAGGAAGCAGAAAUUACUGAGUCAUGUACAGAGUUUUUUGUUGGUUUUUUUUUUUUUUUUACUGUGUUCUAACUCUUGUAUUUGCCUUCUGUUCAGAAGGACCCCCAAGCACUGCACAGGUUUUGGAAUGAAAUCAUCUUUAAGGUUUCUUCCAACCCAACCCACUCUAUGAAUUAAAAAAAAAAAAAAAAAAAAAAAAAAAAGGAGAUGAUUUUUAUGCUGCUGAAAGUGUAUUUUUCUCAGUAAGUGAGCAAGCAGCAGCUCUCCCUUGAGCACAAGCAGCUGGAGGAACUGGGGUACAAUGAUCUAAAGCAGAAAUGGCCAGGGCAGAGCAGGCGGGGAGCCCAUUCUCUUGGCAUGAGGACAGCUCGGCUGGUGACAUUUGUGUCUCAGCUGGCAGGAAACAUCUCUGAGAGCUUGGAGUGGGCAUCCCUUCGGCUCAAAUGGAUAAAUGGAGAGGAGGUGCCCCCUGCUGCCACCACAGCCCUGCAGCCUUUGCUCCCAGGCAGAUCUGAGCCCUUACAAAAAUACUUUUUCUUUAUGACCAAUAUAAAUUAAAGAAAUACAGAAAACAAAAACAAAACAAAACAACCCCCCAAAAAACCCCAAACAAACAAAGAUGGAAAAUUCCUGAUUUAGGCUUUAAAAGAUUCCAUCUCCUUAAUUUCUUGUGCUCUGCAUUAUUUUGGGUUUUCUUGUGGAUUUUUUUAGAAUCACAGUAGUCAUUACCUUCUGUCUGGUAUCAGCUCUGGGCAUGUUUUAUAUUCUCUCCUCAUUUAACAAUGUGGCCAUGAGUUGAAGAAGAGUAUUUUUCAUUUCCAUUCAUGCUGUAGCGCUGAGGUGUGGAUGUUUGCCAUGGGUUUCUGUUGGCAGGGAUGUGGCAGGAAUUUGACCACAGAGCAGGACAGAAAUAUUGCUGCAGUGGGCAAUUUUUGCUGAUUUUUCAAAAAUUUGGAUCAGCGUGUUUGUAUACUGGCUGAAUACGCAUUCUGCUUGGAAAGCUGGAGUAAAUAAGUGAUUUGAAAUUUACAGGGUAAAUAGGAAUUAAUCAGGUAAGGCUGAACUCUGUAAUGUUUAAGCCUUUGUGUAAAUAGGAAAGAUGGAAUCUGAAAACCUUUAUUUUUUCUUAUUUCUAGGUCCUGGGAUUGCUUUUGUGGUUUACCCAGAAGCCUUAACUAGGCUGCCCCUCUCUCCCUUCUGGGCUAUAAUAUUCUUUUUGAUGCUUCUAACUCUUGGAUUAGACACGAUGUUUGCCACCAUCGAGACCAUCGUGACCUCUGUGUCAGAUGAAUUCCCCAAGUAUCUGCGCACGCACAAGGCCCUGUUCACUCUGGGCUGCUGCGUGUCCUUCUUCAUCAUGGGCUUUCCUAUGAUCACUCAGGGUGGAAUGUAUAUGUUGCAGCUUGUGGACACUUACGCAGCCUCUUACUCUCUUGUCCUUAUUGCCAUCUUCGAGCUUGUUGGAGUUUCCUAUAUCUACGGAUUGCAAAGAUUUUGUGAAGAUAUAGAAAUGAUGAUUGGAUUCCAGCCAAGUAAAUUCUGGAGAGUCUGCUGGGCAUUUGUGACCCCAACUAUUUUAACAUUUAUUCUCUGCUUCAGUUUUUACCAGUGGGAGCCCAUGACUUACGGAGCUUACCACUACCCAGGCUGGUCCAUGGUGCUCGGGUGGCUGAUGCUGGCCUGCUCAGUCAUCUGGAUCCCAGUUAUGUUUGUGAUAAAAAUGCACCUAGCCCCAGGAAAAUUUAUUGAGCGGCUGAAGCUGGUGUGCUCCCCCCAGCCCGACUGGGGCCCGUUCCUGGCCAAGCACCGCGGCGAACGGUACAGGAACAUGAUUGACCCGCUGGGAACCUCCUCCCUGGGACUGAAACUGCCCCCCAAGGACAUGGAGCUGGGCACCCAGUGCUAAUAAUCAUUACAAAAGGGUGGCAAUAACAUUGUCCACCUUUUCUGGUUCUUUUCCCCCUUUUUUUUUUUUUUCACCCACCACUUCUUCUUUUCUUUCCCGCGGUGCCUGAAAGUGGCAGCUUAGGAAAGAGGAUUUAUUGUUGCAUGCCACAGGGGAGGCCUGACUAGGCCGCUUCCAGGUGUAGGUGAUGCCUGUGCCGUGUUCUGUACCUGGUGCCACAGCAAAACUGUGGGACAGGUGACGUGACCAGGCGUUGUCAGGCGAUGUAGGAAUGAACAAAACCAAACUGAAAAAUCUUUAGAUGAAAUGACCCACUUAGUUUGACCCACUUCCCACAAGCACCCUUUGUAACAGGCAGCUCUGGUGGGACUAGGAUUUUGCUACCAGUGUGUUCCAAGAAAAGUGUGAUGGAAGUGAGCAAAGAAUGGGAUCUCCUGUAGUCCUGAUAUAAAUCCAGCAUAAGGCUCCUGUAGCUUCUUCUACACUGACAGCCAACCUUGACCCAUCAUGUCUGCACACUUCCUUUACAAUUUGUACUAACUUGGAGGGAUUGUUAUGUUAUUUAAACGUGAGGAGACCCUUGGGACAGCUCACCAGGAAGCAAUAUAUGGGGUGACAACAGAAACAACGAUAAUCCACUAGUAAAAAAAUAAGAACAAAGUUUUUUAAAAUGAUCAACUGAGAGGCUAAACUGCAUUUGAGUCUAGAAGUGGUUUGGAAAUGGUGUCAGAAUGAGCUGUAUAGGCAUCACUGUUUAAAAUCCUGCCAUAUGUUUUUUUGAUAAUUUGAUUUCUGUCAUUUCAACUAGGAAUGCCUCAGUUAUACAAAGUAUCUGCCAACCUGCUCCACACCAAGUGCGCCUGUGGUUUUACUCACCUUGCUCUAAUACUCUGAAUAUAUUUUUCCUUGUUUCUCUGCUUUUGUUUACAGUAUCUCCUCAAAAAGCCAUCAUAUAAUUUGUGCCUAACUUUGUAUUCCUACAGUGGUAAGUGUAGUCUAGUUACCACCUGAAAACAGUUAUUGGAUGUGCUGUUCAACUCGUGACUCCCCGUUCAUUUGCCUAUAAGCACCUUUAUAUAACCUAUAACCUUUAGAUGGUGUAUUCUUCUCUUUCAACCAAUGGGGAAAUAGCAGGACCCCACUUGUCUACAUCUUAUAUAUAUAGCACGUAAAUUCUUCAAAGCAGUAUUCUCUCUGAAACAUGCAUUGGGUAUUUUUUUCAUUAAAACAUUUUCAUUAAAUAAAAAUACCCAAAUCCACAAAAAUUAACCACUGCAGUCAUCCGCACAGAUGCAACAUUAGACAUAGAAAAUGCAAAGGUUGGGGUGAAAGGACAAUUUAGUAGAGGGCCAUCAUAGCAUUGCAUAGCAGUAGGGCAUCCUAAAUCAUUACAUUGUAGAAAUCAGAUAUAUGCAAUCAUAUGAAUAGUAGACUUAAAUAGUUUUGUUACCUAUUGGACAGAGUAAAAAAUAGAGCUUUUAAAGAGUACAUUUAUUUACCUAAAUAGAAAAUUAGCCCAACUUAUUGUAAAUGCACUAGAAUGAGGGAGAAAAAUAUCUCUUCAAUAAUUGGAAAAACUUAUACUUUAUUAUCUUCUUAUAUCCUAUACAUACAUAUAUGAUUUUUUUAAUGGUGAUCAGUGUUCAUGUAGUGUGUGCUAGUGAUGUUUUAUGUCCCUAUAAAUAUCUUACCAAUCAGUGUAGAAAUAAUGAGCUUAGUAGUUUAGCCAGUUUUUUCCUCCCCACAGACACUGCUGUAGUAGCCUGUAAAUGUUCUUUCCUUUCAGGGGACUGUUUCUAUCCCGUUUUUUGUCUGUCUGUCUUCAUAUUACAGGGUCUCAGGUAAAUCCUCAGUUCAUGUGUGUCCGUAGAUCAGUAGGUGUGUUGUUUUCAUCCUGUUGAAGAAAACAAAAAGCUAAACCCUAAAGUACCACUUCCACAAGUUGUUAACUCCUUUUCUCUGUGUGUGUGUAUAUAUAUAUGUAUAUGAAAUACAGUAAUCAUUUUGCUGAACUUCCUCUUUGACGGGGCAAUUAGUGUUGCCAGUUCUAGGCACUGCUGGAGAUCUUUAAUCCUCACACAGAACAAGUGAAGCACUAGCAGGGGCUGUCAUGCAGGCCCGGGAGGGCAGGUUCUGCAGUAUUUCACACUGGCCCCUGCAUCUCCACUCCGUGGGCUCUUGUUGGUCCCUGUCUCACACAGCAGCAGGACAGGACCCCCCCGUGAGCUUCUCUGCCUUAAAGCUGUUCCUCUUGCUUCAGCUUUGCCUGCUAUUUUAAUAAAAGUCCUGCUAUUUUUACUUCUGGCUUUUAGUUUCCUGACAGAGGCAGGUUUGAGAAGCUGUGCUCUGUUUGGCCUCAUAAAGAUCCACAGGGAUGAGCUGGAAAUUUGGUUUCCACAUCUGGGUGGGGCUGAGGGACCUUCCCUGGGUGCAGAAGGGAACCUAAGUCAGCAUCUGUCUUGGGAAUUACGUGUUUCUGUUGGAUAAAUCACUCUUAACCAAUAUUCCCUUGCAUUUUGGUUUGAUUUUUGGAAUCCAAGCCAGUUUGCCUUUGGUACUACUGUCAUUUAAAAACAUCAUCUCUCUGUAGGUUUGGUCCUCUUUGCAAAAGAGAAAACACAGUCGAAUGGUGUGAGAGCACUGAAUCCUUUCCCUGACUGGCUUGUCCCAGGGCAUGCCUUGGAACUGGGAUUGCACAUUAAAUCCAGAGUUCCCUCGGUGUAAGGCUGUGAGCUGCUGCCUACCUGAAUUAUGAAACAGAGAUCAUUUAAAGGAAUGCUGCUGGGAUAGGAUAUCUUUUGGCUUGGAUUACCAAACCAGACUGCAUAUGAAAUUGCAGCUGAAUUGCUUUCCAUGAUUUAAGCAAUUAAUCUGCUUGCUUUUAAUUUAGAUGUUGUUCCUGUGCCUGCUAAGUCAUUAGCACAGGAUUAGGCUUGAAUUUGAAACUCUGUAAACAGAUGAUUGUGCUUUUUUUUGCUAGCUGAUCUUUGUCUUCAGCUUUGACCCCAUUGCUAGGCUUGCAAAAAACUUUGGAAAAGGGGAGAAAUGCAUAGAAAAAUCACAGAAGAUGUGAAGUUUUCACUAUAUGUGCAAGGCAGGGUUUUAUUUUGGUCACAUGAGACUUUUUCUAAAUUAUUUCACUGUCCAAAUCUGAAAGUUGAGAUUAAAUUAACCAGGAGUGUCUUCUUUAAAUGAGAAGUUACCUUGAAGUUUGGGAAUGCACUUCAUUUACCAUGUUCUAAUGAAAGUUUGCAUGUACUUUGAUAAUUUUCUAAAAAUAAAUUUAGUAACUAAUAGCAUAACAGUAAAGAUCUUUAAAAGAAAAAAAAAGGAGGGGAAAAAGCCAUAUUAGUAAAAAUGUGAUGUAUGUACUUUCAGAUCUAUCUUGUGAGUAAAAAAUGUUUAAAUUUGGUGAAACUAUGACACAUACUUUUUCUUUGAAAUUAAAUUGAAUUUCUGGAUGAGCUGAGAUGCAUUAUUGUAUGCAUUAAAGAUUAUACCUAGUGCAAAUGCUUGCCAUCUUCAAAUUCUUUGGGGUCUUCCCAGUGUUUUUAAAUAUGCAAUGUUCAAAACCUGUGUUUCAGCUAGACAAGGCAGCACUUUGUUUCCAAAGGAAGGGUUUAACAAAAUGACCUUUAAUUGAGAAAGACUUGGAUUGUCUUUAUAUGAUGUUUCAAUUGAGUCCAAGUAGUCUUUUGGUUCAUUUCUGCUCCAAUGACCACAUUAGUUGUGCCUCCACGCUGAAGAUCGUUGCUUCUGAUACACUGUGUGACUAUCUCUUACCAUCAAAUUCCAACCCCCGAUUGAUUUUAAAUACCUCUGGUCUUUUUAUUGUGUACGGUUAUUUGGAUAAUAUGAUUUCUUUUUGCCUGUGUUAAAGAAAUGUUUAUGUACAGCAGUCAUUGUUCUCCUGUUGGUUUCUUGUUCUGCAGCUCCACUUCUUCUUGCAAUCAAGGGCAGACUUGUAGGGGCUGUGGGCUGCAGGCAGCAGAGCUUUUUGACCAGAGGUGCCCCAGAAAGCUUCUGCUGCUGUAAGAGACACUUGUUUCUUGGUUUGCACUUAGGUGGUGUGCACAUAAGGUACCUGGAAAUGGUCAGAGCUUGAUAUUCAGGUGGGUGACUUGAGGCAGGAGGAGAGAGGCAUUGGGCUUUCAGCCUAUCACCAAAGAGAGAAGGUUUUCCUGAGGGGUUUAUCAUAAUGUGAGAACUAGGUUGGAUCUUAAUGCUUGCAAUAUUUUAUUUGCCCAUAGCAUUUAAAUACAUCUUCAGGUAACCAUUUGCCUUAUAGCUAUCUUCCAUUUAUAGUAAAAUUGACUAAAACAUGUUGUUAUCUGUCCUUUAUAUUAUGUGGUAUUACCUUGUAAGGUAGAUACUUGGCUGGUAUAAAUUGUUAGAGCUUUGUCUGGAGCUGUGACAAUUUACACCAGCUGAGAAUUUGCUCCCUGUGUCCUAUGGCACUUUAUUACGGACCCAUCACUGAUGGGUUAAAUCUUAAUUACUUGCGUAAUGUCAUAUAUAAAUAUAUAUAUAUAUAUUUACAGGCAUUCUAUGGGGUACUGCUGCCUAUGGAUAAAGAUUUGCACCGUAACUGAUCACUACAUUUUCUUCAUUCGCUGUAUGUAAAAAAGAUAUAUUGUUACAAAGAAUGCAUCGUAUGUAUCUCAUGUAGUACAUAUUAUGUUGCUGUAUGUUUUUAAUUUCACAAAUCAUUAUUCUUGAGGCCCUACCUCAAAUUUUGUAUUUAUGUGUACAAAUGCAAUUUAUUGUAUUAUAUAUUUGCCUAAUAUAUUUGAAUGUGAUAAAUUAAAAUUAUUCAAUAAUGUAUGGGCUCUAAAGAUUCUAAAUAAAUGUCCAGUGUUUAAAACAGAAA